AGCUCGUUACCAAACUGCUACUUAAUUGAUUGCAGCCCAAUGCAGCCACCAGUCUAUUGAGCUGGUGCACAACUAAUGCUGCAAACUGUUUGAUUUUGCCUUGAUUGGAGCGCUUUGUAAAUAUAUAUGGCCUAAAAGUGCCUUUAUGGCAACAUUAAUGACACCUAAUUGCAGAAAAAUUAUUCCAAGUAGGGACUAAAAAACUCUAGAAAUAUGCUUUAUGGUUUCCUUAAACUGCGAAGACACAGAUGUUGCCGUGAAGAUUUUCUAUUUGCUUACCUUGCAGUAAAUUGCUUAUUCGUUGCAAUCAAAGGUCAGUUUCAGACAUAUAACCAACCGAUAACUGGAAUGGUCAAUGAAGAUGAAUUCAAGAAAGAACUUUGCAGGGAAAGAUGGCGCAGGCUUGACUGGCAGUCGAUUCUACAGCCUUGCUUUCAAAGAACAAAGUUUGGGGAGAACCUGCUUCCCAGUAGCUUGCGUACAAACGCUUUUACUAGUAGGAUAUGGAACAUGAACAUAAAGAAAGCUGGGGAAUACAGCAAAUUGACUAUACAAACUGUCGACCAAUUUGGUUUGCCAAAGACAUUUGGAGGAGAUACUUGGAGAGUAUUAAUAACAGGGCCCUCAUCCAUGCAGCCGUUUGUGCAUGACAUGAAUAAUGGUUAUUACGAAAUUCCUUUCUUAAUAUUGGAACCGGGAAAAUAUAGAGCAGAUAUUUACCUCGAAGGUACUCUGUGUAGUCAGUAUUUUGAUCCACCAGCAGAUUGGUUUCAGAAAGGCGACUAUAAUGGACAUUUUCAAGAGCCACAUAUGUUUGCCAGUCACUUUGGAUGGUCGAAAUUAUUAAAAGAGAGAUUAUGGGAGAAACUUGGUGGAAAUUUUUCAGUGAUAAAUUUUGAAGUAUACCCUAAAGAUGAAGCACGUUAUAUGGCUAACAUGGCUAAACUUCAAGACUGGCAAAAGGUCUGUCAAAUACCAGAUAAAUGCAAUUUCAUAUGGGAUGGCUUUGGGCGAUGGGUUGGCACGACUUGGAAGCCUUAUAAUGAAAAUGAGGGAAUGGAUAAAAGACCGGAAUGGAAAUAUAUUUUGAAAGCUAAAAGGAGAAAAAGGGGAACACUCUGGCUAUAUGGAGAUUGCUUUGCUCAUCAUUUCUUUGAAAUGGUCUGGAAUAAAACACUAUGCAGAAGUGUAUUCGAGAAAUGUGGAGAGACCUACAACUGGGUUUACCCACGACUACACCCCGUACACGAACUCGACCCGUCCAUCCAUCGAAAGGAUCCCAGUGACUUUUCAAUAAGCAAAGUAAUCUCUCACUUGGAGGCAGUCCUCGACAGAGAUGACAUGGAUGAGGAUAGUGCCUUGAUCAUAAAUUACGGUCUUCAUUUAGUUCGUUCAACCAGUUUUGAAAAUUAUCAAAAACUCAUACAACAGCUGAUUGAGGACUUCGCUAAUUAUGAUGGCGAGGUUGUGUGGCGAACUACAACAUCUAUAUGGAGGCAACAGUUGAAAGUUCAUAAGAGAUUUCAGACUAACCAGCGCGCGGAGCUUUUCAAUGCCUUCGCAAAUUCCGCCAUGUGCAAUGCUGGUAUACCCAUUCUUGAUGUGUUUCCGAUAACAGCCUCGACAUGGAAACAACCUGAAGAUGGUAUCCAUUACGAGAUUUCAUUACUAAAACCGGUUGAUAACGCAUUAAUAAAUUAUUUUAAAGAUGACGCAGAAGAAAAAAGAUAAUCAACUUGUAGUGUUUGUAUAUGAUUUUUUUUCAUUGUGAGCACACUCAAAAAACCACUUCAUUCCGGAUCACUGGGGCUGACGUAUAGCUUUCCUCAGGGUGGCUAAAAACUUCAAAUGUAAAUGUUGGCAUGAAAAUUAAUGUUUACCAUUUGCUUGGAGAUUGUGAUGAAUUCUUAUCUCAAUUAUUGACAAUUAAAUGCAUAAAAUGUUUUUACAGAAAAUCUCUACUUCCAAAAUCACCUUUCAUGAUUUGCCGUCUUUAAAAUCGAAAAAAUAUGCUAGAUUUUGUUUUUUACCGAAAAUCAUUUUUCCAUAAAAUAGCUGCCAGGGGUGGCUGAGCCCCCUUUAAAAACCCCAAUAAGGCUGGAGCACCCAAGCCCCUUUGAAGAAGGCGCCUAUGCUUUAGGGUUUAGGGCAUAUUUAUCAAAAUGGUUUCUGAUAUAAGGUACUGUAUAAGAAGACAAAUCUUAAUUUUCCCUGUGUU